AUGGCACAACCAAAAGGCUUCACCAUCUUUGCCCGCGCAUGGACGGCGUCUCCACCCAGAAACACAUACCUGCAUUCCAUCCCCUCCAUGCCGAGAUCAGAGGACGAGGAGAGCAUUGCCUCUUGGUCCGGUAGUGACGGCACACACACCCCGAGCUCCUUAUCAUCGUCCACGACCACCGUCUCCGUCACGUCCGCGCCCUUGACAGACAUGGCUACGAUCAAGCCGGCCCCUCGAGGGAAAAUCGACUUUUCUGUCCUGGAACACGUCUUCGCAAAGGAGACCGCCACCGAAACUCCAAGCUCGUCUCCCCUGUGGUACAUUCUGGCCACCGCACUCCUGUUGGCCUUCCACAAGGAAAAGCUGAUUGGAAAGCUGUGGACGUAUCUGAGCCAAAGGGAGGUACGUGCACACGACGCAGAAACGGGGCAUUUGCUCGCCACGGCCCGACGAAUCCGGGAGGCGUGCUUGAAAGCCAGUACACUAGUGGGAUUCCCCAGGGCCAUCAACGCGCUGCUCGUCCUUCAACAAGCCAUCAAGACUACGCACCCGGCCCUCUCCAGCAUUCUGGAAGCAGACGCGUCUCUCCGCGCUGCUGGUGGUGACCCAGCAAACCCAGAAGCCAAAGCCGCGCGGGGCAUGCGCCUGUUCCAGCGCAUCUACGCCCAGCACAGCCCGCGCGUGCUGGCGGCCAUGUCGGCCUGCUCGGGCGGCGACCUGACGCACUUCGCCAUCACCUGCAUCUACGGCGAGCUGCUGGCCGAGGACGCCAUCAUCGGCGACCUCGACACCGGCCUGCUGGAGUUCGUCUGCUGUCUCGCCGACGGCUGCGCCCCGCAGGCCAAAGGCCACUUCUUCGGGGCUGUCAAUCUGGGCGCCGCCCCGGAGACGUUGCGCGCCGCCGUGCGCCUCGCCGACCAUCUGGCGCGCCAGGUCCGGGCGGAGAGGCCGUGGACGGGUGAGAAAGGCGAAGGGGAAGGCGAAUGCCAGGAGCUGGAGCUGGAGCUGGAGCGGGACCGGAGUGAAUGGAAGUUCUUGGAUCGCGUCAUGGUCGUGUAG